ACACGUGAUGGUCGGUGCGCGUCACCGAAGCGCUGUCGCUCGCCUGGAGACCGGAGCGGGGCUGACUGACACUGUGUGUAGCAGGCUACUGUAAAUAAAGAAUACAAACCCAACAAAACUAGCAGGGAACAAAUAAGCAAGCCAGGCAGCAUCGGGUUAAGUGACAGUAGUUUCUCUCAUUCAUUCGUCGAGUUAGUCUGUUAGGGUGUUUUCAGUCCUUUUGUUUCUGAUUUGAGCGUGCCAAGUAAAGGGAAAGCUAAACAUGGCUGGUUUAAUGGUCGGUUUUGGUCACUACACCCACGCCGUCGUCCGGGGAAUCCCGGCGUCCCUGGCCAAAGAAGCGCUCCGGAGCAGCCAGUCGGAGGUGGACGUGGUCAACGCGCGGAGGGAGCACGAGGCGUACGUCGAGGUCCUGGGGACGAGGCUCGGGCUGGAGGUGGUCGAGCUCCCCGCGGACGAGUCGCUCCCGGACUGCGUGUUCGUGGAGGACGCGGCCGUGGUGUGCGGUGACACGGCGCUCAUCACCAGACCCGGGGCUGAGAGCAGGAGGAGAGAGACGGAGGCAAUGAAAGGAGCUCUGAAGGACUUGAAUCUGAACAUUGUGGAAAUGACUGACGAGAACGCCACACUGGAUGGAGGAGAUGUGCUGUUUACAGGUCGAGAGUUCUUUGUGGGCCUUUCCAAACGGACCAAUCAGAGAGGAGCAGAGAUCCUAGCAGAUGCUUUUAAGGACUACGCUGUGUCGACCGUGCCUGUGCUGGAAGGGCUGCACCUGAAAAGCUUCUGCAGUAUGGGAGGACCCGGCCUUAUUGUCAUCGGCUCCAGUGAACCAGCACAGAAAGCCCUCAAAAUCAUGCAGCAAAUGAGUGACCAUCGCUAUGACAAACUGACGGUGCCUGAUGACCUCGCUGCCAACUGCAUCUACAUGAACCUACCUAAUAAGGGACAUGUGCUUCUGCACCCCACAGCAGAGGAGUUUCCGGAGAGUGCGAAGGUGUUCGAGAAGUUAAAGGACCACAUGCUGAUCCCCGUGUCCAACAUGGAGAAGGUCAAAGUGGAUGGAGCUCUCACAUGCUGCUCUGUACUCAUCAACAAAGAAGGCAACACUUAA